AUGGGUUACACUCACUACUGGGAGAUCGCUGACUGGGAUUUUGAUGAGUGGCAAAAGACGUGGCCGAAAAUCAUCAAUGAUGUCCCUCGAAUUAUUGAGGCUUCUGGUGUAUCGAUGAUGGGACCAAUGGCUCUACCUGACGAGAAUACCGAGAAUGACGAUGAUGAAUAUGACGAAGAUGAUGACGAAUCUGUCACUCCACCACUGGUUGAUAUAAAGAAAGGCAUCUUUAUCAACGGCAUUGAGAAGGAUAUACAUGAGGAUUCUUGA